CUUGAUGGGAUUACUUGGAUUGUUUCCACCUUCGGUUGAUCCUGAAUCAUCUAAUUCAAUCAGUGAUCUUGAACUGCAUUUAUCUUUUUUGUCAGUGCCUUUGUGUCUGUUGUGGUCUCUGGUUAUCCCUCAUUCACCAAAAGGCAACUGUUUUUUGUUGUUGUUGUCACUUAAUCAUUCUCUUUUAUUUUUCCUCUACUUUUGCUCCAGAGAUUUCAGCUCCCUCUGCCAUGAUAAUGUUUAUCCAAAUAACAAGACGCUGAGUCAUCUCCAUGGUUGCACUCGAGCCACGAUGCGAGCGUGCGUCUCUCUACUAUGUGUUUGGCAUUUAUUUACCAUCACGUGCGCACACGACUUCCGUGACCUCUGUAUUCACGCGACUCUUUUUCAGUCUUCCUUCAUUCUCUGUUCAUCUUUCCCGGCUUUUGAGAUUGCAGAGAGGAAGCCGGGCAUCCCUGCGUGGCUGGAACCUGAGGACAUGGCUUGAGCGUCAUCAGCUACUUCUUCCCAGCACCACUACUUCUUCAACAGGAAGUCUCACGGUCUCGCCACUUUCCUUAAACAGCCUCGCAAAGAGUGAAACUCCGGAUGGUCUAAAACGCCUGAAGAGCCAGACUGAACUGGGAACCAGCGGAGAAGACCGUGUAUCCAACACGAGGCCAUGGACGGUGUGUCAUGUGUGUUUUAGGCCGGUCCACCUCACACAGAGACCUUUACUGAGGGGAAGGUAGAGCAUCGAGGCUGUUUCAGGUGCAAAGUGUGUCGCAGAAGGAGACAAAGGGACCUCUGAGUUCUCCUCUCUGUGUGCACGGGGACAGAAGGAAGCAGUCGGCCCAAUGUUGGACCCUCCUGUUGCCCUGGGACCCAAGGCCAAAGCCCCGCCCACAGACACCGCUACAGCUUCAGGCAAUUUAUCCAAUCAAAAGAAAUGUUCAUCCAACUCAUCUCACAUCACCAGCCCAACAAGAGAUCGGCCUAGAGUGCAAACCAACCAUCCAUGGAUGAACAUCAUCCACCCCGGACCCUGGACACGACUGCCCCCCGCUCCACCUCUGGUACCCGCUCCUCGAUCCAAAUCGGUCUCCUGGUACAGGCCCCGGGUGCCUCCUCCCAAUCCAUUCGGAGAGGAGGUGGACCAGGACGCUCCGAAAGAGCCUGCCGACCAAACCGAGGCCAGUUCAGGGAAAGGUGGCACUCGGGAAAACACAUCGGGGGACGCGGAUGCUGAGGUUGGUCCAAGUGAAGAAUCUGCUAUUGCAUCUACGUCCGAUGACGUGGCAGCUUCAAGUGAAGCAGCUCGAGAAACGAGUCGACUUGGAUCUGAUUUGGAUGAAACUGGAAACGCGAAAGGUUUCCCACCGGAUGAGACGGCAGCAGCAGCGGGGCUGUGUUCCUCUGCAAGAGAAGCACAGAGUCACAUUUUACCCAGAAGCCUCUCUGUGUCAGCUGUCACCUCUCAAAGCCUCCUUUUGCAUUUUGACUUGGCGGAGGCUGACCAGGUCGUGUCGUGUCAAAGUAAGGUGCAGACGGACCGGAACGCGUCCACAGUAGUGCUGCAGGUGGAGAGGAGGGAGCUGGAGAAACAUCUGGAACAAAAAGGAGUGGAACUGGAGGGGAAUCUGAGAGACCUCAAGAACGGUUCGGCCAUUUGUUGCCGCUGGUUCUGACCCAAAUGAUUGACUAUGUAAUAGUUACAUUACUAUGUCAUUACUGUGACAUUACUAUGUUGAAUGUAUGUUUUUUUUUCUAUGAGGAACAAAUACUAAUGACGUGGUUCUCUCUGAUUCUGAAGCUCAGAGACACAGAGCUGGUUCUUCUAUAAGUAGACUGGACCAGCGCCAGGAUUCUGCUCUAAUUUUCUUUUCUUGAAUUUUACCACCAUUGUUGUUGUUGCUGUUGUUGAUGUUGUGCCUUUUUUAGGACCAAGCAGCAUAAGUUAGAGGGACAGGCAGAGGUGCCAUAAGAAGAAAUACAACUAUACAUCGGGGUUUCAUAGGUAUUUAUGUUGAGAAUUAACAAACUUUUAUAUUUUCUGAUUAGGGAAAGAGGAGAAGAUAUGCUUUAAUAUCAUAUCUAAACUAUUUGUUCAUUCUUUGUUGUGACUUUUCCUCUCAAUGUCUUUCUCUCCUCUCUGCUUGGGAAGAAGGCAGCAAAUGUAGCCUUAGAUUCUCUGAAGCACACAGUACUCGAUAAAACUCUUGUGCAAAAAUAUUUGAAAACGCUGACUCGUGUUCUGCUGCCCAU